UUAAAAUAUGUAUUUCAAUUUAAAAUAACAUUUAAGAAUAUAAGUUUAAAUUGAUACUCUAUUAGGUUAGGUUUAUGCCGACUUGCGUGUGUUCUAAUAUUCAUGAUAUUUUUUGUUUGUAAAACAAAUGAAAUCAAAAUGUAUGUAAGAUGAAAAUGCAAAGUCGACUAGCAUUAUUAAUACUAUUUUUUGGGGAAUGUAUUAUUGCAAGUAAUGAAUUAAACAGGAGUGAAAUUUUUGAUUCUAAAGAAAUUUUGAAAAACUCAACAACUGUUGUAGGUGCAAACAGAAGUGGAAAAUUUCUCUUCGAUGCAAUAUUUCGAAUUAGUGCAAGUAUAACCAAUGCUUUCGGAUAUGAAGGAGAAGAAUACUCAGAUUAUAAUGAAGAUAUUAAUAUAAAGACUUGUGACUGUGAUUGUGGAUAUUCGAACGAAGAAAUAAGGAUAGUUGGUGGUAGACCAACAGGCGUUAAUCAAUACCCUUGGAUGGCUCGCAUAGUAUAUGAUGGCAAAUUUCAUUGCGGAGGUUCAUUGCUUACAAAAGAGUAUGUCUUAACUGCAGCUCAUUGUGUUAAAAAGUUAAGAAAAUCUAAAAUACGGAUUAUCUUUGGAGACCACGAUCAGCAUAUUACAUCUGAAUCUAAAGCCAUUCAGAGGGCUGUAAGUGCUAUAAUUAAACAUAGAAAUUUUAAUCCCGACAGUUAUAACAAUGAUAUAGCCUUGUUAAAAUUGAGGAAGCCGAUGACGUUUUCGAAAAUUAUAAAACCAGUAUGCUUACCACGUUUUAACUAUGAUCCCGCAGGAAGAAUAGGAACUGUUGUUGGAUGGGGACGUACUAACGAAGGUGGUGAAUUACCCGCAAUCGUUAACGAAGUGAAAGUGCCUAUAAUGUCUAUUACAGAAUGUCGAAACCAAAAGUAUAAAAGUACAAGAAUAACAUCUAGUAUGCUAUGUGCUGGAAGGCCGAAUAUGGAUUCGUGUCAAGGAGACAGCGGUGGACCCCUUUUGCUUUCAAAUGGAAUAAAGUAUUUUAUUGUCGGUGUAGUUUCUUGGGGCGUUGGCUGCGGUAGAGAUGGAUAUCCGGGUGUUUACACCAGAGUUAGUAAAUUUAUACCAUGGAUAAAAUCUAAUUUACAUGACAGUUGUCUGUGUUCUUAGUAAAAAAAUUUAUAUUAUAUAUUUUUAUUUUAUUUAUUUUGUAUACAUAUGUAUAAUAAUAUAAUAUUUAACUAAAGUCAACAGUCUCGCGAUCGUUUGUCGAUAUAUGACACCAGCCGCAGUUGCUGAAUAAGCACUGGGCCGGAUGCCACUGCAUAUCCUGCAAACUCAGCACUUUCCGCGGUCGCUAUUACCUUAUAAUUUAAAAUUUCCAUUAGCUUUAACUCUCCUUGUAUUCAAUUAUUUGUCAACUUUUACUUUCUAUUGUAUUCUAAGAGUUUAGUUAUGUUAUAAGGUUCAACUGAUACACAACUGCACGGCUCGAGAAAAAAUAUAAACUACUUAAAACACCUA